AAUUAGGACGGGACGGCCGAAUAUCGAAACUACCAGAACACCCCGCAAGGAAUAAAAAAAUGUUCCCCCAAGGCGGUGCUUCUGCCUCUCGUUAAAAGCAACGCACGCACCGGCACCGCGACCUAGACCCUCAAAUUUCAUUCUAAUGGCAUCCUCAGAAUCCAUGGACAUGGACGACAGCUUCCGAUUACGUGUGGAGAAGGUCUUCGGAUCCCUCGCUUCCUCGAAACCCUCGCCUCUGCAAUCUUCGAUAUGGUCCCUAACCGACGAUGAGGUCGAGCGAAGGGAGUGGAGGCGUGGUACGGACAACUCUGAUCGUGACGACACGCCGUGUGCGGCCUCAUUCGAUGAUUUCGCGAAGGAAAAGAGAGCUUCGAGAAGGAAGCUUCGCAGAGGGCUCGAAGAAGAUCCCGAUGAUCUCAACGACCACGAAGACGAUGGCGAUGAGAAGCCGGAUCGAUCUUUUAGAGGAGGCGACGAAGAAAGUGAAGAAUGGGAAAUCAGAUCUUCUAUCGGCCUGGACCCCACUCUAGAUAACGAGGAAGAGGAAGAUGAAUAUGACAAAUUGGCUACGGGGAGAGAAAAUGUUGGUGAGCGCCUGUUCAUGGGAGACAUUGCUCAUCAUGGAUCUUAUUUGAACUCUCACAAUGUGCUUCACACUUCAUUACGUGGUACCAGUAAGGACUCACGUGCCAAUCAUCUGGCUGCAAGAAUUAGGCUGAAAGAAGAUGAAGCUGAAGCUGAAGCUCAGAAGUACAAUUCUAGUGAUACUUAUGACUCGGAAGUUAAGGAGCAGCAUGAUGAAGCAUCUAAAGGCUGUAGUCAGUUGAGGUCUAUACUGAAGAGGAAGGAGAAUAACACCGUUUCCAAGUCACAAAAACGUGUCAGGUUUGACCCUGGUUGUAAAUAUGAUUCUGGAGAAGUAUUAGAGAGGUCUGUGAGUGACCUCUCAACUAAGGCUAAUGUUUCAGAUGAUGGAACUCUGAGAGCCCAAAACAAUUCGGGGGUUCCAGACUUUUUGCUAAAUCCUUCCAAGUAUACGCGUUAUAGUUUUGAUUCGACGAGUAGCAUUGAUGAAGAAUCUAAUGCUCAAGCAUGUAUGGAGUUCUUUAAACUGGUAAAUAAGCUAGAGCCUUCAAAGUCAGGGUUAGAGACUGCAGAUUCUUCAGCCGAUCUACCAAAGUCUGUGACCUUUAUUCCAAAGAAAAAGGUUAUUGAUGCCAAAGUGGUGAGUGAUAGUGGUGUGUUAAAGCAAAACAAGGAAGAAGAUCAUGAGAAGUCCCUGCAUGGAGCAGGCUUUCCUGUAGGAAUUGCAGCUGGGGAAGCCCACGAUGUAGUUGGUGCCAUGGAGGAGGAUGAAUCAGAAACAAUUGCAGCAGAUAGGAGUGUGAGUUUUGUAAAACCUGGUCGGAGGUAUCGGACAAAAUCAAUGUCAGAUGACCUUGAUUCUUGAGGCUAUCUGGAUCUUUGAUGUGCUCAAGUGAUGGUACUUGUUAGGUUUCUUACAGAAUCUCACAGCAGCGGACUCUUUCUUAUCACAUAAGCUUGGUAACUGAUUGUCUUUCUGAUUAUAGCUUUCUGAAAUUACUGGUCAUUAAACAGUGGGGCAUGUGACACUACAAAUGUCAUUUUCUAGCGGUAACUGGUAAGUUACAAAACACAUGCCAUGUCUUUUUUAGAGAAAAGCUCAUGCCAUGAGUUCAUAUCCUAUCCCUAGUGUGUAUAAGAAUGCUAUGUUUGAUGAGAUGUCCUUUAUAUGAAUCGCAUCAACAUGCAUGUUUUUACCCAAA